CUAUUUUUACUCUACACAAACUUCACAUCCUCUUCAUAUUUCUAAACUAAGUAUUCCUCACUAAAAAAGCUUUCUCUGGUUUCCAUUUUUGGACUUUGAUCACUCAAUUUUGUAAUUUUAAACUGUUUAGGCUUGUUUUUACUAGAAAAAGAUCCCUUUUAUAAGUAUUGACCAAUCAUAUUGUGACAUUUCUUGGCUUCUACUAUUCUAAUUCCACUAGAAUUUCCUUUCAAUUCAAAACUUUUUGCAAAAAAAGGCAGUUUGAAUAUAUUUUUUUUCCCUGGAAGAUGAUUGUGUUAUCCCAGGGGUACAUUUUGUGGAAUUUUAUCACAAUUCUUGAGACAAAAUUCAGUGCAGCCAAAAGUUUUUAUUUUUGGAUAUUUCAAAUUUUCAAUAGGUACAGUUGGGGCACUUAGCUAAAUUUUUAUAUUGCAUCUGUUGAGGUUUCUGCCUGGUGUUUUGUAAUUUGUGUUAUAGUUAGCAGUUGGAACAUUUACUUUGAUGGCAGGAAUAUCACUACCUCCAGGAUUUCGUUUCCAUCCAACUGAUGAGGAAUUGGUUGGAUAUUACCUGAAAAGGAAAACUGAUGAACUUGAAAUUGAGUUGGAAGUCAUUCCAGUAAUUGACUUGUACAAGUUUGAUCCAUGGGACCUUCCAGAAAAAUCUUUCCUGCCAAAACGUGACAUGGAGUGGUACUUCUUCUGCUCUCGGGACAAGAAGUACCCGAAUGGCUCACGAACCAAUCGAGCCACUAAAUCUGGAUACUGGAAAGCCACAGGGAAAGACAGGAAAGUUGUAUGUAAGCCUGCAGUUGUAGGAUACAGGAAGACACUAGUUUUUUACCGUGGAAGAGCUCCACUAGGGGAUAGAACUGAUUGGGUAAUGCAUGAAUAUCGUCUCUGUGAUGAUGCUUCACAAGGCACUCCUAGUUUCCAGGGGCCUUUUGCUCUUUGUCGUGUCACCAAGAGAAAAAACAUUUCAUCGAAGAUGAGUGAUGUUCAUGGAGCAACAACUUUUAAGCAGGUUGAAUGCAGUUCUAGCAACGAAGCUUUUACCUCAGCAGUAGCCUCAAAUGAACCCCUUGUCCUUUCUGAUGACAUACCAACUCAAACUACAUACAUGUCCAGUGACAGCAACUAUUCGACUCCUGUUAAUUCACCUUAUCAGACAACACAAAUUGGCAACUAUGAUUCUGCAAUGCGGACUAAUGCUGCAAACAUCUGGAUGUCCCAAAAUAUGAUUCUUGAUCCUUCAAAGGAAUGUCCUCAAGGAAGAAGUAUAUCUGGAAACUAUUCGCAUGUGUUCUCAAACUCGACCUCAUGUCUGCCAAGUGAUCAAUAUGACUUCACAUCAAGUUCAUCUUUCCCGAAUUUUGGAGGGGAAGUUGUACUUUCUGGUGAUCUCAAUGGCUAUGGCUGUGUAUCUCCAUUCUCGGUCCAUGAAAGCUACAUGAAGUUCUAUGGCAACGAGGAUAUUUCAGAUAAUGGUUAUAACCAGAACGACUCAUUGGGCAACGCAAAUCCCUUCUGAUGAACAUUUUAGCAAAACAGGUCUAGUGUUAGCUUUAAUACACAACAGAGUAGUGAAAUUGGGAUUUUGGGAAAUCUUAUCUUUUAUGGCCACAGGAAAGAUAAUUUAAGCAGUCUGAUGCAAGUGUCUACUAAGAAGACAACAGCUUUUAAUGUUUGUCUAUGAAUCAUUCGAUCUAAUUACAGUAUCUUCAAGUUUAGUUUCCUAAGUUUAAUUAAAUCUAGCUAGUGUUUUGUCAAUUGAAGUAUGAGAUACCCAGUGAUGAUCAUUUUUAGCGAUCCCACCAGGAAAUGGUCAAGUUAGUCACCGAACCUCUUUAGAUAGAAUUAUGCCCCCCAUCCUGAUAUGUAUCAAUGUUCUCAUUCUAAUCAAUUCCAUGUAUGUAUUAGAACAUUGUUUAUUACUGUGUUUUCUUAAUGUUACUGUUGCAUAAGUAGUUUAGUAUUUUGUUUCCACUAUUUUAGGAGUUUAAUUUUAAAUAUUCCCUGAUAUUUGGGUAGUGUCCAUCGUAGGAGGGACUCUAUUGUAUCCAUUAUUUUUUUUGUUUAUAUAUUUCAGUUUAUCAUUGAUUAAUAAAAGUAUCUUUUGCUUCA